AUGAUCUUUAGUUUGAACUUUUGUUUUACUCCCACAUGUUCUUUUAAAAAAAUUCCAAACUCAUGGGUCAUGGUUUGAAGAAAAUUUCCCUUCCUCCCGCCUGGCGCACAGAAGGUAACGUCAAAGGCCUGGAAAGGGAACAGGGCAGCAGCAGACAUUGACCUUUACCUCCCAGCUCCUCUCUCCCACCCCUUGUCUGCUGGGCACUGAGGAUUAGAACUGUAUCCUCCUGUGGUUUACCAAAAAACGCUCUGUGGCUGGAGCUUCAGCACAGGCUGGUUCUGUGUGUGCCCAGUCUGGUCAGGGACAGCUGCAUGCCUCUUCCGCUUGGGUGAAAACAAAGGCCGGAACCUGAAUUCUGAUCCAAACCCCCUGGCUGGCCAAGCCAGUGUCCCCACCUUCUGGGAUGUUAGCAGAGCCCUUUAACUGGCACCCAGGCAUGUGGAAGAUGCUCACAGUGGCAAUGUGUGUGGCCCUUCUGGGCUGCCUGCAGGCCCAGGAGCUCCAGGGACAUGUCUCCAUCAUCCUGCUGGGAGCAACUGGGGACCUGGCUAAGAAGUACUUGUGGCAGGGACUGUUCCAGCUGUACCUGGAUGAAGCGGGGAGGGGCCACAGUUUUAGCUUCCAUGGAGCUGCUCUGACAGCCCCUAAGCAGGGCCAAGAGCUCAUGGCCAAGGCUCUGGAAUCCCUCUCCUGCCCCAAGGACAUGGAACCCAGUCACUGUGCAGAGUACAAGGAUCAGUUCCUGCAGCUGAGCGGGUACCACCAGCUGAAGACGGCAGAGGACUAUCAGGCCCUGAACAAGGACAUUGAGGCACAGCUCCAGCCCAAGGGCCUCCGGGAGGCUGGCAGGAUCUUCUACUUCUCAGUGCCGCCCUUCGCCUAUACAGACAUUGCCCGUAACAUCAACAGCAGCUGCCGGCCAGGCCCAGGCGCCUGGCUGCGGGUUGUCCUUGAGAAACCCUUUGGCCAUGACCACCUCUCAGCCCAGCAGUUGGCCACAGAACUCGGGAGUUUUUUCCAGGAGGAGGAGAUGUACCGGGUGGACCAUUACUUGGGCAAGCAGGCUGUGGCACAGAUCCUGCCUUUCCGAGACCAGAACCGCAAGGCUUUGGACGGCCUCUGGAACCAGCACCACGUGGAGCGGGUGGAGAUCAUCAUGAAGGAGACCGUGGAUGCCAAAGGGCGCACCAGCUUCUAUGAGGAGUACGGUGUCAUUCGUGACGUCCUCCAGAACCACCUGACAGAGAUCCUCACCCUGGUGGCCAUGGAGCUGCCCCACAGCGUCAGCAGCGUGGAGGCGGUGCUGCGGCACAAGCUUCGGCUCUUCCAGGCACUGCGGGGCCUGCAGAGGGUCAGUGCCGUCGUGGGCCAGUACCAGGCUUACAGCGAGCAGGUGCGCAGGGAGCUGCAGAAGCUAGACAGCUUCCACAGCCUGACACCGACCUUUGCAGGCGUUCUCGUGCACGUUGACAACCUUCGCUGGGAGGGUGUGCCUUUCAUCCUGAUGUCUGGCAAAGCCUUGGAUGAGAGAGUGGGCUACGCUCGGAUCUUGUUCAAGAACCAGGCAUGCUGUGUCCAGAGCGAAAAGCACUGGGCCGCAGCGCAGAGCCAGUGCCUGCCUCGGCAGCUCGUCUUCCACAUUGGCCAUGGUGACCUGGGUAGCCCGGCUGUGCUGGUCAGCAAGAACCUGUUCAGGCCCUCUCUGCCCUCCAGCUGGAAGGAAGUGGAGGGCCCGCCCGGGCUCCGCAUUUUUGGCAGCCCUCUGUCCAGUUACUAUGCCUACAGCCCCGUGCAGGAGCGGGACGCCUACUCCAUCCUCUUAUCCCACAUCUACCACGGCCGGAAGGAUUCCUUCAUCACCACAGAGAACCUGCUGGCCUCUUGGGGCUUCUGGACGCCCCUACUGGAAAGCCUGGCCCACACGGUCCCACGCCUGUAUCCUGGAGGAGCUGAGAACGGCCAUCUGCUGGACUUUGAGUUCAGUAGCGGCCGGUUGUUCUUUUCCCAGCAGCAGCCGGAGCAGCUGGUGCCAGGGCCAGGGUCAGCCCCAAUGCCCAGUGACUUCCAGGUCCUCCGGGCCAAGUACCGAGAGAGCCCGCUGGUGUCUGCCUGGUCUGAGGAGCUGAUCUCUAAGCUGGCCACUGACAUCGAGGCCACCGCUGUGCAGGCUGUACGGCGCUUUGGCCAGUUCCACCUGGCGCUGUCAGGGGGCUCAAGUCCUGUGGCCCUAUUCCAGCAGCUGGCCACAGCACACUAUGGCUUCCCCUGGGCCCACACGCACCUGUGGCUGGUUGACGAGCGCUGUGUCCCGCUCUCUGAUCCAGAGUCCAACUUCCAGGGCCUGCAAGCCCACCUGCUGCAGCACGUCCGGGUCCCCUACCUCAACAUCCACCCCAUGCCGGUGCACCUGCAGCAGCGGCUCUGUGCUGAGGAGGACCAGGGUGCCCAGCUCUAUGCCAGGGAGAUCUCAACCCUAGUGGCCAACAGCAGCUUCGACCUGGUGCUGCUGGGCAUGGGCACUGAUGGACACACAGCCUCCCUCUUCCCACAGUCGCCCACUGGCCUGGAUGGCGAGCAGCUGGUCGUGCUGACCACAAGCCCCUCCCAGCCACACCGCCGCAUGAGCCUCAGCCUGCCUCUCAUCAACCGCGCCAAGAAGGUGGCGGUCCUGGUCAUGGGCAGGAUGAAGCGUGAAAUCACCACACUGGUGAGCCGGGUGGGCCAUGAGCCCAAGAAGUGGCCCAUCUCAGGUGUCCUGCCACACUCCGGUCAGCUGGUGUGGUACAUGGACUACGACGCCUUCCUGGGAUGAGGGUGUCUGCGCCCCUUGCCCGGUCUGCUCCUGUGCUUUCCUUCACCUCUGUCUCCCUCCCCUCUCGGCUCCACCACCUGCCAGCAUGCCCUGGCUCUCCAGACCCUGCUGCCCCACAGUCAGGCCCCAGAGAGGGCAGGACAAGGUCUUGUCCCAAUACCUUUGACAGGCAGCUCUGUCUAGUGGUGGAUAGAUGCAGAAACAAAGAAGAAAUGGAAUCUGCUCCUGAGAAGCUCCAAAUCCAGGCCAGGAGAGAAACCUUAAGAAAAGCCCUGCAGCAGUCACACAUUCCCAUCAGCCAGCACAACGCAGAUGGCGCCCAGCUCCCGUGUUCACAGGAGGAGACGUGGUGGGCUGAGGUUAAUCAGGGAAAGUUUCCUGGGGGAGGUGGUCCUUGAACUGGCUCCUGGGGAACAUUCAAAGAGCAUGAUUGGCAGACAGAAGGGUGCAGAGGUACCCAGGGGAGUACAUUACCCUGUGCAAGGCAGGGGCGCUGCUGACCAUCUUGAGACCUUGAAGGGGUCAAGCCCCUCCUUCCCCAGCUGCCCCUUCUUCUAGAACCUCUGCACAUCCAGCCUCUGUCUCUCCUCUUUGCUGCCUCCACCGGCUCCCACUCACUGACCCUCUCUCCUCCAUCCUGGCUGUGCAGUGGGAAUUCCAGUCUCCUGCCUGCAUCUUUGCUAUUCCUCAGACUCCGUUUAUAGAGAGAUCAGGGCUGAUAACCGGAAUACAGCAGCACAGAUUAGGCAAUGAAAAAGAUUCCAGAACUUUUUUUUAAUUAAAAAAAAAUAUUUGCAGAGAUGAGCCCUUCUAGUUGCCCAGGCUAGUCUCAAACCCCCGAGCUCAAGCGAUCCUCCCAUCUCAGCCUCCCCAAGUGCUGGGAUUACACGUGUGAGCCACUGUGCCAGGCCCCAGAAAUCUCAGAGUGCUGUCUGGAGCUCCCUUUCUCAGCUGAUGACCUGCUCUGCAUGGCGAGGUGGGGUCUUACGCCCCCAGCAUCCUCAGAGAGGACCCCCGACCUCUGCUGCUUCUCUGUCCUGCUAGUCUUCUUCCAUGAAGCAUGCUGGGUGCACAUAAUCAGGGUGCACAUAAUCCUGGGGAGCCCCAAUUUAAGAGGGUCAGUUACAUCUCAGGGGACUCCCAGGUGGGUGUUCCACUCUCAGUAGCCCUUCUUGUUUUACCAGGACAGAUCCAGUUAAAUCACCAACUGAGGUGACAGCUCAUUAGUGGGGAGAGAGAUGGAGCAUCAAGUGACACAGGGUCAUCCAGACGGCUCUGCUCCCACCAAGAUAGGAGCCAGGCCUCACUGGCAGGGCGGCUGUCCACAGCCCUUCAGGGGCUCGCUUGGCAGUUGACAGGGCUGCAGCCAGGCCUUCUCUCCCUACCCCUUGGUGGCCCCAUGACUUCCCGUCUGCUAUCUCUCCUGCCACUUCUCACCUCACCACUAACACUGCCAAGACUGGGGAAGUAAGUGGAUAGCUUCUCCAUAAGCAUAGGUUGGGGACUGUGAUCUUGAGAAGCCAUGGGCCAGCAAUACCUGCUUUUCUGACACCCCCAAGGAAGGCUCUGACAUUCUUUUAAAAAACAACACAAAGCAAAAUUCCCAGGACAUGUGUAGUUUUGUUUGUUCAACAUCCCACAGUCAAGGCUGGGAGACAGAACUCUUGGUUAAGGUCAAUUUUUCUGUCUGGCUUCUCCCCCACCUUACACUUGAACUCGUUUGGGCAGAUAAAAAAUUUCGACCACAUUUUCAGAGGGGGCUUUCAUGGAUGAGGGAGCAUGGCAAAGUCAGUUUCUUUCUGGACUAUUUACACUUCAAGGCUAUGGAUUUCAAGGAAUCUUGGCUUUCAUUUGCAAUGCCAGCCUGAGACCUGGUUCCCAAGCCGGGGCUCUUUUUCAGACUGCUUACUCUGGCCACCAACCCAGACCAGACAGAGGGAUCUUUCUCUCUCUCGUUUUUUUUUUUGUUUUUUUUUGAGACAGUCUUUCUGUGUCGCCCAGACAGGAACACAGUGGCAAGGUCUUGGCUCACUACAACCUCCACCUCUUGGGUUCAAGCAAUUCUCGUGCCUCAACGUCAUGAGUAGAUGGGACUACAGGUGCCAACCACCAUGCCUAGUUAAUUUUUGUAUUUUCAUAGACAAGGGUGUCACCACGUUGCCCAGGCUUGUCUCAAACUCCGGAGCUCAGGCAGUCUACCCACCUCAGUCUCCCAAAGUGCUGGGAUUACAAGUGUGGCCACCACACCCAGCCAGUACAUCUGUCUUUAUAAACCUGAAGAGUGCCCCUCAUUAGGACAGAACCAUAGAGCCCAGAGCCGGGAAGACCCCAUCCCGGCGCCCAGUGUCUGCUUCUGCACGUGAUGGGCGGGCUCAGGAGAGUACAGGGGGUCUCAGUGGAAGUUUCACAGCUGCCCUCGUGGGGGAGCCCUUGCACUACACUGCCACCUCCUGAGUGCCUGGUCCCUGAGCAGCUCCUGUGCCUGAUUUCUCAUUUCCCUCCUCUCUCCCCGGAUGCCUGGCCCCAGCACUCUCCCAUCUAUUCUUCAGGAACUGACUCCUCUGCAGUGGCAACGCCAGAGAGAAAGGGGCCUUCACAUGCCCAAGUACCCCUGCAGGAUGAAGGGCGAGCCGGCCCUUGAAGUCACCAUUUCUGAAUAGUAGUCACUGACGCCGAGUCUGGGAUGUCGUGUUCUAGCUCAGCCUUGCCUGGGAUGCACCAUGGGUCUGUGCAGAUCGUGGGUGGGAGUGUGAGUGGGGGUCAAAAGGCCAAAGGUUGUCUUUCCAGAAUCAAGUGCCUUCUUCAGAUCAUGUUGGAAAAGUCCAAACUUGGAGCUUUUCAUGUUCCCCUGCCCCUGCCCACCCCUUUCCCUUCACCUGAGUUAGGAAGCAGAAGUUCUUGGAACCUUCUGGGCUGGUGGCUUUCAAACUUCAGACCAGAGUCUGCAGCAAGAAAUGUGCCUUCCAUCAUAAAUUAGUCCAUUCGUUUACAACUGUGUCUCAAGCAAGUUUCAUAAAAAAAAAAAUUCUUAUUUUUAGGACUUUGGAUAUCCUCUAUUUUGUAGUUUUCAUUUUAAAAAAUGCUUCUUAAAUUUCACUAAAUUGGGCUAGGUGCCCUGGCUAGUGCCUGUAAUCCCAGUACUGUGGGAGGCUGAGGUGAGAGGUUCACUUGAGCUCAGAAGGUUGAAACCAGCCUGGGCAACAUGGUGAGACCCCCGUCUACAAAAGGUUUUUAAAAAAUUAGCCAGGCAUGGUGGUGCCUACCUGUAGUCUCAGCUACUCGGGAGGCUGAGGUAGGAGGAUCACCAGAGUGCAGGAGGCUGAGGCUGCAGUAAGGUGUGAUUGCACUAGUGCACUCUAGCCUGGAAGACAGAGUGAGCCUCUCUCAAAAAAAGAAAGAAAAAAGAAAAGGAAAGAAUGAUGACAACAGCCCAGGCAGCAGCCCUGCUCAGAACCCAGGUCUGUGGGAUUCCAGGGCUGUGUUCCCAGGCAUGCUUCUGGCCUCUUCCUGGCCUGGGAGCCCUUGAGGCCUAUGGUGGCAGCAGUCACCACAGUCCAGGUGCCCUGGUGUGGACCAAUGAUUCCAUCCACAUGGAGGCUCACAUGUGCACUUGGGGGCCUAUAAAUGGCAGAAGGGCCCCUCCUUUGGGAGACCUUUUCAGUCAGCAGCUCUAGAGCAAGCAUGAUCACCAUUUGUAGAGGGGAAGGAAUCAAGGGACUUGAAGCUAGAUGUAAGAUAGAUCAAAAUCUGGGGGCAAAUUUUCUGCCAACUUCAAGUUAAAAUAGGCCCAUCCUACUGAAUUUCCCUGUUGUUUCUCUGGAGACAAUACUUUAACCUUACUCUUGGGCCCCCAAAUUAUAAUCAUACUCAAAGCUUCCUACCUUUUGGCCUAAUAUUCCAGACUAUUCCCUCGAGGGGUUUCAUUCCAAACUAUGCAGGGCUCAGGCUCCCUAGUCUGGCCCCUGGUGUUUUUCUUGAGUUUCUUCUGUUCCUGUUCUCCGAGAGGGCCCAGGUGGAACACCUCUCAGGGAGGGAGAAGCUUCCAAAGCCACAGGACUGUUUCCCAGAAUUUGGUUUUCAGGUACAAAACUCUUUUUGUCCUGUAUGAUAUAUGCAGCCUCAGAGAAGCAGCCUGUGCAUCCGUUUUCCCCAGCUACAUUUUUAUCUUCAGCACAUGGAGCUCCCUUAGAACUUACUCCACUGGUUAGAAAAACAAAAGCACCCUGGCAGCAUCUCAGUGUCAGAGUGAGCACGGCACAGGAAAGGCCCGUGGUGACAAGGGCGAGGUGGCCGCAGUGACCGGAUGACACCCUAGCACCCAUUCGCCCUGCAAAUGAGGCUCCAGAGGGCGAAGAUCUGUGGAGACCAGAUGUCACAGGCCAUGUGACCCACUAGGGGCCACUUACCCCUUGUCAUCCGCUGGCUGAACUGAACACAUUCCCUCUCUCUACAACUCUCCCAUGAGGCUGCACCUGUGUGGGUGGCAGUUGAAGCAGUACCGUUCAUACUGUACACAGGAAGGAAGGAAGUGCUUUCAGUCUCACCAGCAUCUGGCAGCGAAUCUGAGCCUGUGAGGGCAUCCGAAGCGGUGAUGCCAUACGAACCUCCCGGCUGGUGCCGUCUGCCUUUGGAGGCACCAAGCAUUGUAACUCAGUCAUGGGAGCUGCCUCGUUGGAAAUGCAGAUUUAUUGCUAUAGUCUUGCCUGCUUCUGUCUCUUGUCCACAGCAUGUGUGAGCCCAGGUGUCAUUUGGCACAGUCCAAUGUCCGUCUUCAUUUGCUCAUGCAGAGGAGUUGAGUUGGACACUCCCAGGUUCUUGGUUUUCCUUUAGCAGUGCCCUGGGCAGUCUCCCUAUAAAACAGCCCACCUCCUCCUGUGCCUUCUGCUCCAGAGCAGAGCUCUCCCUCCCAUCUCUUCAGUCUUCCCUGCAAAAUCUGGCCACCGGGGAAAGGAGCAGGAACCCUGGGCAGCAGAUGCCAUCCAGGAAGAGCCACACACAUGGUUCUCCAACCCACCAUCAGCAUUGCAAGGCAGGGUGUGAGUGAGAAACUGAGGCUCUCGCAGCUCGUUGCUGAGCAAGGUGCAACUUGACUCACGCUGUGGUCAGCACUAGACGGGAUGGCAAGGGCUUUCAGAUGCAUUUCUGAGAUUCCAGCAAGCCAGGGGGAAUGCGAUCCCUUUGCUGAAGCUUUCCUUCUAGCCAACUUUUGGGACUGCUUCUGUUUGCAAAGGAAGUCGCCGGGGAGGUGCCCAUCUCUGUGUGACCCACACAUGGGAAGCAGGAGCAUUAGAGUAAUUACACUUCUGCUGCUGUUUUGAUUCUCAAGGCUGAUCUUUGUUUAAACCCUCACCUUGCCGUCAGGGGCUUUAAAGGCAGUCUGCAUCUUUUCUUCCCUUGGUGUGGGAGAGGUAAUCACUUGGAUUUGCUGAAAGCUGUAUGGAGUGUAUUUGAACAGCUGGUAGUUAGCUUUGAAAGUGGAAGUGUUAACAGACCCCACCUGUGUCAGUUUGGGUCCUUCACUCUAUCCCCACAGAAGCCUAGAGGGGUCUGUUGUGAAGCAUUAUGGGUUGCCUGCAUGUAGGAGGAAGGAUCUGUGUUAGCCAGAAAUCAGGAACCCGACUUGCCUUUACCUCUCUGAGAUGUGCUAGAAACAGCCUUCACUUCCUGGUUCUGUCCACCGGGAAGAGCCAGCUGGCAGCAGAUCCCAGGGGCAGAGCCCCUGCUGAGUCCCAGGAGCGUGUCUUUACCUGUGUCUGAGAGGGAACUGUGAUUCCAGCUGGACAUGUCACAUUGGAGCAGUGCUGAGAGGCUGUUACAGGAGAACUAGACAGGGGCGGGGCCUGCUGCAUCUGGAUCACGUUCCUGCGCUCUGCCCUGUGCCAGGGACUCGGGGUCUGGGCUUCUGCCAGGUGAGGAGCAAAGAGGCUGUUCCCUUGGGUGGAGAGGCAUGGGCAUGAGAGCCACCCAUUGCCAAGCAGCAAGAAUGUUCGUGCUUUUUUUUAGACAGGGGAACCCCACUGGUUUUUAUGGAAACACUGGAAACUCAAAGAUCCCUGGGAUGAUGAGACACGAGACACAUUCAGAACAAAUGCCAUUUUUUUUUUUUUUUUUUUUUUUUUUUUUUGAGACAGAGUCUUGCUCUGUUGCCCAGGCUGGAGUGCAGUGGCACAAUAUCGGUUCACUGCAAAUUUUACCUCCUGAGUUCAAGUGAUUCUCCUACCUCAGCCUCCUAAGAGCUGGGCUUACACCACCAUGCCCAGCAAAUUUUUGUAUUUUCAGUAGAGAUGGGUUUCACCCUGUUGGCCAGGCUGGUCUCAAACUCCUGACCUCAGGCGAUCCACCUGCCCCCAAAGUGCUGGGGGCAGGCUGCCACCAGCCUCCCAAAGUGCUGGGAUUACAGGCAUGAGCUACCAGACUUGGCCAGAACAAUUGCCUUUUUAAACCUUUAAAAAACGUUUUCAAAAUGCCUUUUUCUAUGUCAAAUGUAACACUUAUUUUUUAAACAAUAAAACUGAUUUGCCAAAA